AUGACGGCGACUGCGUUUAGGGUCGGCUUGUGGUUGGCCGUUACGGCUUCCUUUCUCUUAACCGCAACAAACGCCAAAAUCCCCGGCGUUUACAGUGGCGGACCGUGGCAGAAUGCACACGCCACUUUCUACGGUGGCAGUGACGCCUCCGGCACAAUGGGCGGCGCGUGUGGGUACGGGAACUUGUACAGCCAAGGAUACGGUGUGAACACGGCGGCGUUGAGCACUGCUUUGUUCAACAACGGAUUCAGCUGUGGUGCUUGUUUUGAGAUUAAGUGUACUGAUGAUCCGAGAUGGUGUGUUCCGGGAAAUCCAUCUAUUCUUGUGACGGCGACGAACUUUUGUCCGCCGAAUUUUGCUCAGCCGAGUGACGACGGAGGGUGGUGCAAUCCGCCGCGCGAGCAUUUUGAUCUCGCCAUGCCUAUGUUCCUCAAGAUCGGUCUAUACCGUGCAGGCAUUGUCCCCGUCUCCUAUCGCAGGGUACCUUGUCGGAAGAUAGGAGGGAUAAGAUUCACAGUAAACGGAUUCAGAUACUUCAAUCUUGUUCUGGUAACUAACGUUGCCGGCGCCGGAGAUAUUAACGGAGUUAGCGUAAAGGGAUCAAAGACAGAUUGGGUGAGGAUGAGUCGGAACUGGGGACAGAACUGGCAAUCCAACGCCGUUCUCAUCGGCCAAUCACUCUCUUUCCGAGUCACCGCCUCUGACCGACGUUCUUCUACCUCAUGGAACGUUGCUCCUGCCACGUGGCAGUUUGGUCAGACUUUCUCCGGCAAAAACUUUCGAGUCUGA